AUGACGGGCCGCCGGAGGGAGCUGGACCAGCCCAGCCAGGUCGGCAGCAGCUUUGAGCUGGACCAGCCCAGCCAGGUCGGCAGCAGCUACGGGGCAGCGGUGCUCUGCGCGGUGGCCGGCUGUGACCACCGUGCGUGCCACGCAGGCCCCUUCCAGGUGGCCUACAUCGGUAUUGAUGCGAUUGAAGAAGAUGGCGGAUGUUUUGUGAGCGCAUGCGUGUCCUUGCCGAUGACGGCUGAUUGGAGCAAGCCGUGCUCUCAUUCUCGUCUUGAUAAGUGGGGCGAGCCGUGCUCUGCUCUUCAUGUUGGUGGGUACACUCCAUCCUGGGACGAAAUGGCACCUGUCUUUGUCGAAGGCGCACUUUACGUCAAUCUCGUGUACUAUCAGGAAGAUUAUCACAUUGUAAUUCUCAAGUAUGACCUGGUAUCUAACUGCUUAUCGCUGAUUGAUCCACCGUUGGCUGGGCCUUUCAAUCUCAAUGCCGCUAGCCUCAUGGCGAUGGAUGAUAACAGUUUGGGGUUUGCACAUGUGGAUAAGGUAACCCUCCAAUUGUGGUCAAGGCAGACGGGUUCCGACGGCAUUGCCUCAUGGACUCAGCGUUCUGUCAUCAAUCUUAAUAACCAUCUCCCCAUUCAAAAUCCCAAUGAAAGACUUAGACUGAUUGGAUCUGUGGAGGGCAGUGAUACCAUUUUCGUGACCAUGGGCCUUGACAUCUACGAGCUUAAUCUCAAGACAUUUCGGUGGAAGAAGCUGCAGAAGAGAGAAAAGCUUCUUGGUUUGAUUCCAUACAUGAGUUUCUACCAUCCACAAGAAAGAGUGAUCCCCGGUGAUGCGGCGCAAUGACAAUAUAUGGUUGAGUAUGCUUGGGGUAGGAGGCCACUCUCAUCAAAAACAAAUUCAAGGCUACAAGGGUCCUCGCUAUUUAGUAGUUGGUUUUGUGCACUGGUGCUUGUUUUUCAUGCUGUUGUUGGCUUUUUCCACUAAGCUUAUAAUUUCCCCCGCCAGUAGCUAUGUGUAAGCGGAUGAAUGGGUUUUCUUGUAAUGAACCUCCAAUUUCUUGCAGCGUCAGCUAUGUGCUGUGUUGUCAGUAGCCAUGAACUCAACAGUUUGCUGUCCCAACUCUGAUCCAUUCUUUAGAUUCAUCUCAAAGGAUGUUCCAUUGAUGAGAUCAUGAGAACAUGCCCGGAGUUAGUGGUUCUGUUGCCCAAGAGAUGAUAUGAUUAUGAUUUCUGCUUGUUGGCGUGCUGAUGUGUCCUAAUUAAUCUUGUAUAUUUAAUUAGUGUUACCUGUAAGUGUUGAUGAUCAGAUGUUGAUGACUGACCAUCCUCAGGGAGCUACCAUUAAAACUGACUUGAACAUUGCAGGUUUCAAGGCUGUUGCAGAUGCUCCUGGAAGAAUUCCUCUCUGAAACCUGAUGUAGGUGAGCAAUCAGCAUUUGCAGAGAGCAGGAUGAUCAUAGGAUCAACAUCAUUAUCAUGGCAAGUUGUGCUGCUGUCAGCUCUCCUCUUCAGGCAGGAGCAAAAGCUCUUCUCUUUCCAACUGAGGUUGCAAAAUUAGUCCGGAUUCAGCAGGCAAUGCUCCUAACAGAUAACUAUCUAUUUUACCCCCCUCUGCUUACUGUACUAGAUAACUUCAGCUCACAGGGCUAUGCAAUGCCCAAUGUUGCUCAGGCUGAGCAACUUUGUUCAUUGGGACUUGAAAGUCCUAGAUGUAAAAUACUUUGGAGCAAGAAAUGGCGCCCUAGCUCCUCCUUAUGUUCAAAUGAAUAAAUAAAUUAUUUUUUGUCAGA